CCACUGGGCAGGAUUUUGGAGGUUGCUUCUCUCUCACUGAGCAGCAUUCUGCACUCCACUUUGAAAGCCUGCAGUUGCUAGAUCCCCUUCACUCAUUUCCCCCCUAUACUCCUUGGCACUGCUAUUUGUCUGGCCCAGAAGUCCCUGUGACAUUCACUUACUAUAACAGCACGUGCGGAGCAGACAGGGCUCCUCUACCCAGUGCAGAUGGUUGUGCUGAGGUGCAGCCGGUAGGCGUAAAGAUGCCCUGUACCUGGCAAUGCUGCUCUGACCUCUGGAAGCUUUGCUGACUGAUUUCAUGGACAGUACCUGAUACUUUACAGUUGGUCUUCUGUUUUCGGUUAGAUCUUCGCUGUGUGGACAAAUGCAUACAAAUGCAUUUAGGAGCCCAAAGGACAAGGAGUGGAAACAUCUCUCCCACAGCAAAAACGAUAAAACUUCUCUUUUUCAUUGCAAUAUGCACAACAUUCGGUGUUGGAGAGAAAGAAACACAAGGCAUAGACAUUCUUCACAAAAUAGACCUUCGUGGAACACAACCAGCACUUUCGUCAAACAUAUCUACAUCACAGCGGACAGCUGUUGGCAUUUCUCACGGUGUACAAUUGACAGAAUAUGGUGUAGAGUUAACAGGAGAUACCCUCAUUGAAUAUCCAGUAGAUAAUUCAUUUCUAGCAAACCUUAGCCCUCCAUUUACAGUAUUGGUUAGCCUCCGCUCCCAUAUAGUAAACAAUGCUUUCCUUUUCAGUAUUCGAAACAAAAAUAGACUUACCUUUGGCGUGCAAUUACUACCAAAAAAGGUAGUGGUAUAUAUGGGAGGGAAACAAUCUGUAUUCUUUGAUUACAGUAUCCAUAAUGGGCAUUGGCACAAUUUUGUCAUUGGUGUUGGGGACAAGACUGUUUCCUUGUUUGCUGAGUGUGGGAAGAAGCACUUCAGCAAAGAGGCAGUAUUUGACGUACAGUCAAUACCUUCCAGUGGCUUAUUUACUUUGGGGAGAAUGAACCCUGAUUCUGUUCAUUUUGAAGGGACAUUAUGUCAGUUGGAAGUAAUUCCUUCCGCACAGGCCGCUGCAAAUUAUUGUAAAUAUGUGAAAAACCAGUGUCGGCACGCUGAUACAUACCGAUCUUGGUCAUCAAUUCCAACAACUGCACCAGGACUGGAUUCAGCUUAUUUUAAUUUAAAUACUAAUACAUAUACUAAUAUUAAAUCACAAACAAAAAUGGAAUCAUCUUCAAUCAACAAACCAGUUCCAGCACCAAAUAGGACUUCUUCGGCUCAUGUCUUGGAUAAUGUGUCUUCAUCUUCAUUUCAUCAAGAUAUAGAUGAAUCAAAUAUUACUACCACAAACAAAACGUUUACAAAAAAUAAAUUAACGUACCAACAAAAUUUUGCUAUGAACAGCACAGAAGAUAUUAAAUUUAAUUCAACUUGGAAAGAUGCAACAAUGCCAAAAAACGUACCCAACAAACAAAAUAAUUUAAGCAGAAAGAAAGAAAUUAUCAAACAGCCUAUUGAAGAUCUUGUGGAAAUGUAUCAGAUACUCAACAGGACUCUAUAUAGGGCCACGGAGGAUGACUCUGUAUAUAACCAAUAUGACCCAUGGGAAGAAACGUUUUUAGAGGGAGAUGAUAAUUAUAAUACUGAAAACAGCUAUGAAGUUGGCAUGGAAGGCUAUGAUUAUGAUUACGAGGAACUUAACACUUGGCUUGAUAUGGAUUAUCUUAAUGGAGAAAAGGGAGAUACAGGACCACCAGGUCCUCCAGGUCCUCCAGGUUUGGCAGGUCCCCCGGGAAAAAGAGGUCCAAGGGGAAUGCCAGGCCCUCAUGGGAACCCUGGUUUACCUGGCCCGCCUGGUCCCAAGGGUCCAAAAGGAGAUCCAGGAUCAUCACCAGGGCAGGCACCACCUGGAGACAAGGGGGAUCCAGGGUCGUUAGGUUUGAUGGGAGAACGUGGUCCUCAAGGUCAGAAGGGUGCUAAAGGUUAUCCCGGACCUCCAGGGCCACCAGGGGAGAAGGGAAUUCCCGGACUGGAUGGCAAUACAGGAGCACUGGGUUAUCCUGGCAGGCAGGGUUUAGCUGGACCGGAAGGUAUCCCAGGACCUAAAGGUAUUAGGGGCUUUAUAGGAAUACCUGGGGUGCCAGGACCUCCCGGACCCGAAGGAGAAAGAGGAUUGCCAGGUCCACCUGGGAAGAAAGGAGUGAAAGGUCUGCAGGGAUUUGUUGGAGAUUUUGGUGAAAGGGGUCCUCAUGGUCCAGACGGGAGUCCUGGGACAGUUGGUGGCACUGGACCUCCUGGAUUUCCUGGGCUGAGAGGUGACGUUGGGCCGGUGGGAGAAGCUGGAAUAACUGGUGUUCCCGGCCCUCAGGGUCCUCCUGGAAAUAUGGGACAGGCUGGAAUGAAAGGUGAUAAGGGGGAACCAGGAUUUGCAGGAGAGCCAGGAGAAACUGGGUAUUCAGGAGAUAAGGGAGCAAUGGGUUUACCCGGACCACCAGGAUUAAAAGGAAAGCCAGGACCCCCGGGAAAGAUUGGUGAUGCAGGGCCACGGGGAUUACCUGGUCCUCCAGGGCCUGAGGGAUUUCCAGGAGACAUUGGACUGCCUGGGUUGAAUGGACCAGAAGGACCAAAGGGUCUUCUUGGUGACAGAGGCCCCCCCGGACCACAAGGCCCAAAGGGUGUAGAGGGAGAAGAAGGGCCACUUGGACCUCCUGGUGGUAUUGGACCAAGGGGAAGAGCUGGACGUAAAGGCUAUAUUGGUGAACCCGGACCAGAAGGCUUAAAGGGGGAAACUGGAGAUCCAGGAAUCAUUGGCAAACCAGGAGAAGCGGGACCAGUUGGAUUACCUGGAGAGAACGGACCACCUGGAGUUGCUGGGGAGAAGGGAGAACGUGGCAGCCCCGGUCCAGAAGGCCCUGCUGGUGAGAAAGGAAUAGAAGGCUACCCAGGACCUCCAGGCGAGCCUGGACCUCUGGGUCCGUCAGGAUUACCCGGUCCUGCUGGACCAAGAGGACCUCCAGGUGUACAGGGUGUGAAAGGUCAAAGGGGUCCACGAGGUUCUGAUGGUCCAAUUGGAGAACAGGGCAUUGAGGGUCUAAAGGGGGAACAAGGAGACCCUGGCAAAAGAGGCCUCCCUGGGCGUAUUGGUAAGGCUGGUAACCCUGGCGAAAGAGGAGAACAAGGAAAGCUAGGUCCUGCAGGCCCAUCUGGAAGUACUGGUGAUAGGGGACCCGCUGGAGAGCCAGGACAAAGGGGACCACAGGGUGAUUCUGGACCACCAGGGGAAAUGGGUCCUGAGGGACCUCCUGGACCUGAAGGAGAUGUUGGUCUUCAAGGAGAUCCUGGAAUAAAGGGGGAACUUGGACCCGCUGGCAGCACUGGAGAACCGGGUGAAUCAGGUUUGAGGGGUGAUCCGGGGCCACCAGGCGAAGAAGGUGUACAAGGAAAAGAUGGAGCCAAGGGAGAACCUGGAGAUCGUGGCCCUCAAGGUGAGACGGGCGAAAAAGGAGAGGAAGGAAUCCCAGGAAUUCAGGGUCCCAUUGGAGAGAAUGGCAGAAUUGGCUUAGCGGGGCCAGAUGGAAAAAUGGGAAAUCCGGGUCAAAGAGGUCGUCCAGGCAAAAAGGGAGAAAAGGGGCAAAUGGGACCAGUUGGAGAAAUUGGAAGUCUGGGUGAGCCGGGAGUGCAGGGCAGUUCCGGGCUUAAGGGUGCACGAGGAACAAGAGGGCUGCUGGGGCCGAUAGGCUUAAUGGGGCCAGAGGGAGAAGCCGGGAUUCCUGGAUAUACGGGUCACCAAGGUCCAAUAGGACCACCCGGACCACCGGGACCAAAAGGAGAGAAGGGUUAUCCUGGAGAAGACAGCUCUGUAUUAGGACCAGCGGGUCCCCCAGGUGAACCAGGUCCUAUUGGUGAGCGCGGAGAAAGAGGGGAACCAGGAGACGAAGGCUACAAGGGUCACAUUGGUGUUGUGGGACCAAGAGGAGCUACUGGACAGCAAGGACCUCCGGGGGAACCAGGUGAAAUUGGCGAACAAGGACUGAAGGGAGAAAUAGGGGCUGUGGGGCCUAAAGGGAAGAAGGGACCAAGGGGCACCCCUGGCAAGCCUGGCAUUACUGGACAACCUGGGACAGUCGGAUUGAGAGGUGCAGAUGGAUUUCCUGGGCCUGAAGGUGCCUCUGGAAAUGCUGGAAAACCUGGUUUAUUCGGAAAACCUGGACUCCCCGGUGAAAAGGGCAGCCUAGGUCUUUCGGGAUUGGCUGGUUAUCCAGGGUCACGUGGAGAGAAAGGAACCAAUGGUAUCCCAGGGAGUCCUGGACUCCCAGGGCUGAAGGGUGAGAAGGGGCUACGGGGUCACCCUGGGAAACCAGGUGUGAGGGGUCAUCCCGGAUCUCAAGGUGAUCAAGGUAUCAAAGGAGAAGCUGGAAUCAAAGGGCUUUUUGGAGAAGAUGGAGACCAAGGUUUAAUGGGUUUUCAGGGGUUUCCUGGUCCAAAGGGUCCCAGCGGAGACAUUGGUCUGGUGGGCAUUAUUGGUCCCAAAGGUCCAUCGGGUCAAAUUGGAAACAGUGGCCCAGUUGGUCAAGGUGGGAUAAUAGGGCCAAUAGGUAAACCGGGCGUCCAAGGCGACAGAGGGGCUAAAGGAGAAAUGGGACCUCAAGGGCCAAGUGGACAGCCAGGGCCACCGGGUCCCCCAGGAUUGCCAGGUCCAAGUAGACAACUGGAUAUAAAUGCUGCUAUUCAAGCCUUGAUUGAUUCACAUUCUGCGCUGCAGAUGGAGAGCUAUCAAAAUACAGAAGUAACAGUACUAGAUUACAGUGCAGAGAUUUUUAAAACCUUACACUACCUGACUAAUUUGAUGCAAAGUAUUAAGAAUCCACCUGGAACCCGCGAUAAUCCAGCCCGAAUCUGUCGUGAUCUGCUCAACUGUGAACGCAAAAUGGCUGAUGGGAAGUACUGGAUUGAUCCAAACCUUGGAUGCCCUUCAGAUGCGAUUGAGGUAUUCUGUAAUUUCACCGCUGGAGGACAGACAUGCUUAUCACCCAUCACGGUGACAAAGCUGGAGUUUGGCGUAGGCAAAGUUCAGAUGAAUUUUCUCCAUUUGCUAAGCACCGAGGCAGUCCACGCCAUUACUAUCCAUUGUUUGAACACCCCAGUAUUGGACCCUGGCACAGAGGGCCAGUCACCCAUUGUCUUCAAAGGAUGGAAUGGUCACAUAUUUGAAGGAAAAAAAUUACUUGAAAGAAAUGUGUUUCUGGAUGAAUGCAAGAUUCAAGAUGGCAGCUGGCACAAGACAAAAUUCAAAUUUUACACUCAGGAUACAAACCAACUUCCAGUGAUUGAAAUCCCCAAAUUUUCUCAUUUAAAAACUGGACAGCAACAUUACUUAGAAAAUGGACCUGUGUGCUUCCUUUGACCUUUCAAGAUUUUUUUUGUUGGUUUAAAUUACUGAAAAUAAGCUGCAGAGAACACUUCUCCUUCCCCAUAAAGAAAUGAGGAAGCCAGCAAAUUUACAGCUUUGUUUUAUUUGUAAAGCAGAGUAUUGAUGGCGUUCAAAAAUAUCCCAGGAAGAGAGAGAGAGAGACUUCUGCAUCAGAGGGACCACUGGCAUUAAAUGAAUAGAAAAACUUCAAAACUGAUAGAGUAUUUAAUAUUUUUAACAAUCAUCUGGGUUUUUUUUUUUUAUAAAUAAUGUCCCAGUGAACUGUACUGAAUCUAGAAAACACUUGGACCUCUGGAGAUCUUUAACAACCCAAAAGCACUGUACAAGACCCCUUGAUGAAAGCUGAAAACUUGCAAUGCAGCAGUACUGGUUAUUGCUUCUAAUAGUGCAAUAGUGUGUGUUUAAAAAUGAAUUAUAUUGAACGGCAAGUCUUCCUCUUCAUUACUCUUUCAUUGGCAGAAGGAAUUACAGUGGGUGUUUCGUGCCCCUAAGACAGCAAAAUAAUUAAACAUUAAGUUGUAUUUUUGUCCAGAGUGGACGUAUACCUCUUAAUAGAUGGUAUCCUACCUCUUAUGUGUGGCUAAUUAUCACGCCUGGUGCUCUUAAUACUAUAAGGUGCUAGUUGCUUAAAUAGAGCUAAUCCAUUUUCUUUAGCCCUUCAACCUGUAUGUACUGGCUACAUCAUGUUCUUUUUGUAAAAGUACUUAUUUUAAUUUGUUUGGUCACAUAUUUCAAUACAAUUCAAAUUUAUUUAUGUGAGAGUUCAAAUGUAAAAUGUUUGAUUUAUUUUUGUGAUAGUGGUACAUUUUAAAGCACAGUGUAAAUGGUGCAUAUAGGCAAAAAAAAAAUGUUUAGCCAUUGUAAAAGACUGUUAUAGAACAUGUUUUUUUCAAUUGGGAUGUAGUUUAUUUUAUUUUUAAAAAAAAAACAUCCAAUGGCAUCCAAAGAUGCUAUAGUAUGUAUAUAUUUUGUAACAUUUAAUAAAAUUUUAAUACAGCUGAUAUUUUAUAAAUGCUGAUGUUAAGUUAUAAUAAUUGUAAUCAUUGCAAAUGUUUAGAAAAUUCAUGGCUGAAAUAUUAAUACGUUUUUUAUUAUUAUUUAACACAAAAUGGUCGUAAAUAAAAAAGGUUUUAUGAAAAAUGGUCUUGCAGAAAAUUAUAAUUUUUAUUAUAUAAAAUGGUUUAAAGUUGCUUCUGCCUGGAUUUUUUUCCCUUCAGUCCAUUCUAUAUUUUUUUUAACAUUUUACACAAAAAAUGGCCAUUGUUAUUGUCUCCUCCAUCCGUACAAAAUACAUUUUCUAUAAUAAAAUUGUUAUAAUAUUA